UAAACAAUAAAAACCCAAUCUGAAUCUUCAUUUUUCCCAAACAAAUUAGCAAGCCAAAUGGAUUUCCAUUCUGUAUUUUACUCGGUCCUGCUACCCAUACUCAUGUUUUUCCCAAUAUUACAGGCAGCAAAAUCACAAGAACCUGCAAGCAAGCCUGUUUGUGGGCAAGAAGUAUGUGGGAAUGUUAAUAUUUCACUCCCAUUCGGAAUAGAAACUGGCUGUUAUACGAAUUCUUGGUUUCAAGUUACUUGCAACCAGACCGGCAAUGGGCACAAGCCUUACCUCCAUCGCCUCAAGCUGGAGAUACUUAGUGUUUCAUCGGAAUCCGUUGUUGUGAAUAAUCCAGUGACAUACGUUGAUUGUCCCAAUAGAAAUGGCGCUAGUACGAGUGUCAAUCUAAAAGACAGUCCCUUUUUCUUCUCAGGUUCUUAUGAUUUUUUCGGCUCAGUAGGUUGCGGGAAUUUGGCUACUGUUUUUGGUAACCGAACUGAUCCUGUUGCCGGCUGCUUGCAAAAAAUGUGCAUCGAUGGGGAUUCUAUAUCUGGCUGCUUUGUCACAAUCGAAGAUCUCACUUCCUAUACUGUCAACUUGACACCCCUCUAUGCUAAUGCUACUGGUGAAGGGGACAGCAAGAAAUGCACUUCCGCGUUCCUGUUUGACCCAGUGCAGUAUUCAUAUGAAUAUGAUUUCCAGUUUCCCAGUGAUAUCGAUAUCAACACCACGCAUGUUGCUGCAACGCUUGAGUGGAUUAAUAACUUCGAUUGUGAUCUGGAAGCCCCGUUAUGCCAAGGACCUGGCACGGCACCUCUCAAGUCUAACGCUAAAAAAACAUGUGGGGCUGUUGGGUAUCCUUUUGGGAUUGAGCAUGGAGAUUACAUAGAUGACCAAUUUAGAGUAACUUGCAGUGAAAUCAACAAUAAGACGGUGCCUUACAUACAUAGCAUCAAUCUGGAACUACUCGAGGUUUCAUUUUUGGAAGGAACUGUUAAGAUCAUCCUAUUGGUGGCUGUUUGCAACCGAGCUGUAGAACUAGUAAAGAGGACUCUGGUGUUACUAGUUUCUGUUAUAUACAUAUUCCUCCUGGUCUCAAUUCUUUUUUCUGCAAAUAUGACUAGGCUUGAUUCCAGUAAUAGCAGUAAAGGAUCAUGCGGAUUUGCUUCUGUGGUUGAUAAACACGUCAUCAUAGACUGGAUGUCAAACCCGGAUCGCCUUGAAUUGACGCAUGUUAAUGCAACACUGCGAUGGGGUACACCCAUGUCGGGGUUGUGCCAGUUGAAAGAAGGCUUUAACAUUCGUUGUAGCCCCAAUAGUCAAUAUUGCUGGCAAAAGUUGAGCCCUACUUAUCUCUGUGUGUGCGGCAUAGCCCGUUACGGUGCUCUGUCUUGGGAUGUAUGCCUAGAUGCGAAAUGUGGGAGUUCUAAAUAUAGGUUCUGCCAUAUGCUUUGUGUGAAUACUCCUGACAACUAUUGUUCAUCUGAGUCUUGCCCCCCAGAAUUUGAUUACAACAGAAUGAGUUGCACUACAAUUGGGACAAUAUUUAUGCUCCUUGGAAUAUGGAGAGCGUUCAGUGUCCUCAAAAGAAGACAAAAUUUUAAGCUGAAGCGGAAAUACUUCAAAAGGAAUGGAGGUCUGUUACUCCAACAACAUUUGUCUAACAGCAAAGGUAAUGUUGAAAAAUUAAAGUUGUUUACUUCAAAGGAGAUGGAAAAGGCUACGGAUUAUUAUAACGAGAACCGAAUCCUUGGUCAAGGAGGCCAAGGAACUGUUUACAAAGGAAUGCUUACGGAUGGAAGUAUUGUGGCUAUCAAGAAGUCCAAACUGAUGGAAGGGAAGAAGUUUAAUGUAAAUAAGGUUGAACAGUUCAUUAAUGAGGUGAUAAUUUUGUGUCAAGUUAACCAUAGAAAUGUUGUUAAGUUGUUAGGAUGUUGUUUAGAGGCUCAGGUCCCUUUGCUGGUGUAUGAGUUCAUCCCAAAUGGAACACUCUAUGAUCUCAUUCAAUGCCAAAAUGAAGACUUUCCGUUGACGUGGGAGAUGCGCUUACGGAUUGCAAUUGAAAUAGCAAAUGCUUUAUUCUAUCUGCAUUCAGCUGCUUCUCUUCCUAUUUAUCACCGUGACAUCAAAUCUAGCAACAUACUUUUGGAUGAUAAAUACAGGGCAAAAGUGUCGGAUUUUGGAAUUUCGAGAUCAGUUGCACUUGAACAAACUCAUUUAACUACUCGGGUGCAGGGAACUUUUGGAUACAUGGAUCCGGAGUAUUUUCAAUCAAGCCAGUUUACGGAGAAGAGCGAUGUUUACAGUUUCGGAGUUGUUCUUGUUGAACUUUUAACGGGACAAAAGCCAAUCUCCUCACAACAAUCAGAGGAAGUAAGAAGCUUGGUAUCAUUUUUUCUCAAUUCAAUGCAGGAGAAUUCUUUAUUUGACAUUCUCGAUGCAAUGGUAGUAAAUAAUGGCCCGGAAAGAGAGAUUAUAGCAGUGGCUAAGCUAGCAAAAAGAUGCUUAAAUCUUAAUGGAAAGAAAAGACCAACAAUGAAACAAGUAGCAAUGGAGCUAGAGUUGAUAAAAUCGUCAGAACAGGGUUAUGAUAUUGAAGAGAGUGGGGAUGAAGAAUCUGAAACAGAUGACAUAAUCGAAUCCUGGGACAUGAAUACAUCCUGCUCAUCUUCUAGGUCAAUUACAACUGACAGUGCAACUUUAGCAUUAAAUGCAUCUUUCUAG